GGGGGGCGCCGAGGGCCACCAUGGGCCUGCUCAAGGGCCUCCUCGGGGCGAGAAACCUGCUGCUCGUCAUCUUCGUGCCGCUCCUGCUGCUGCCCCUGCCCGUGCUCCACCCCAGCAGCGAGGCUGCGUGUGCUUACGUGUUGAUCGUGACUGCUGUGUACUGGGUGUCUGAGGCCGUGCCUCUCGGAGCUGCAGCGCUGGUGCCUGCCUUCCUGUACCCGUUCUUCGGAGUGCUCCGAUCCAGCGAGGUGGCCGCCGAGUACUUCAAGAACACCACGCUGCUGCUGGUGGGCGUCAUCUGCGUGGCGGCUGCCGUGGAGAAGUGGAACCUGCAUAAGCGCAUUGCUCUGCGCAUGGUCAUGAUGGCCGGAGCCAAGCCGGGCAUGCUCCUGCUCUGCUUCAUGUGCUGCACCACGCUGCUCUCCAUGUGGCUCUCCAACACGUCCACCACCGCCAUGGUGAUGCCCAUCGUGGAGGCCGUGCUGCAGGAGCUGGUCAGUGCCGAGGACGAGCAGCUCGUGGCUGGCAACUCCAGCGCCGAAGAGGCCGAGCCCAUCAGUCUUGAUGUAAACAACAGCCAACCCUCUCUGGAACUCAUCUUUGUCAAUGAAGACACGUCGACUGCAGACUUCACCUCUCUGAUGCAGAACAAGAACGUGAAUGGUGUGCCCAGAAUCACCAACCCGGUCAAAACAGCAAAUCCCCAGGGCAAGAAGGAGCACCGGUCCCAGGAAAAGCCGCUAGUCCUGAUCCCUGGCCCCAGGAACCAAGAGCUCAACAGAAAGUACAAGUCCCAGCAUGACCAGAUGAUCUGCAAGUGCCUCUCUCUGAGCAUAUCUUACGCCGCUACCAUUGGGGGCCUGACCACCAUCAUUGGCACGUCCACCAGCUUGAUUUUCUUAGAACACUUCAACAACCAGUACCCCGCUGCAGAGGUGGUCAACUUCGGCACGUGGUUCCUCUUCAGUUUCCCCAUCUCCCUCAUCAUGCUGGUGGUCAGCUGGUUCUGGAUGCACUGGCUGUUCCUUGGCUGCAAUUUUAGAGAAACCUGCUCUCUGAGCAAGAAGAAGAAGACCAAAAGGGAAGAGGUGUCAGAGAAGAGAAUCCAAGAGGAAUAUGAAAAGCUGGGAGCCAUUAGCUACCCUGAAAUGGUAACUGGAUUUUUCUUCAUCCUGAUGACCGUGCUGUGGUUUACCCGGGAGCCUGGCUUUGUUCCUGGCUGGGAUUCUUUCUUUGAAAAGAGGGGCUACCGCACAGAUGCCACGGUCUCUGUUUUCCUCGGCUUCCUCCUCUUCCUGAUCCCAGCAAAGAAGCCCUGCUUUGGGAAGAAGAGUGACGGGCAGAACCGGGAGCCCUCGCUGGGGACAGAGCCCAUCAUCACGUGGAAGGACUUCCAGAAGACCAUGCCCUGGGAGAUUGUCAUUCUGGUGGGAGGAGGCUAUGCUCUGGCUUCUGGCAGCAAGAGCUCUGGCCUCUCCACGUGGAUUGGGCACCAGAUGUUGUCUCUGAGUGGCCUCCCACCUUGGGCUGUCACCCUUUUGGCAUGCAUCCUGGUGUCCAUUGUCACAGAGUUUGUGAGCAACCCAGCCACCAUCACCAUCUUCCUGCCCAUCCUAUGCAGCCUGUCUGAAACGCUGCAAAUUAAUCCACUCUACACUCUGAUCCCAGUCACCAUGUGCAUCUCGUUUGCAGUAAUGCUGCCCGUGGGCAAUCCCCCCAACGCCAUUGUCUUCAGCUAUGGGCAUUGCCAGAUCAAAGAUAUGGUGAAAGCUGGCCUGGGGGUCAAUGUCAUUGGCCUGGUGAUCGUCAUGGUGGCCAUUAACACAUGGGGAGUUAGCCUCUUCCACUUGGACACUUACCCAGCCUGGGCGAAGGUCAGUAACAUCACUGAUCAGGCCUAA